AUGAAGGCUAAAGCCAGCCAGCAGCACAAGUUCAUCCGUAUAAUCACGAUCCCUUUUCGGGCCCUCGCAAAGGCCCGGGAUUUCUAUGUGCAGAGCAUGAUGAAUUGUGCCGACCGCAACAUCGUGGGGCUGCAGGGGACGUCGCAAGCACCGAGCCUCCCAAAGAGCUUCAGCGUCAGCUCGUCCCGGUCCACGGGGAGCGAUGAGGACUACAGGGAGCUGCUUCGGGCCGCCUCGGCCCGGAGUAUUGACUGGGGUAACUUGGGCUCGAGGGGCGGCCCACGGGCCAUGCCGCCUAGGAGCAUCAGCGUGGCCAUGGGCCGGAUAGAUGAAGAAAGGCCCUGUUGCUAUUUUGGUACAGAUGUGAUUGGCAAAGGUAACCAUGUGAAGAGGGAAUUGAAGUACCCUAGAAGCAACAGUCAUGUUGUUACAACAACUUCUUUUUAA